GCCAGCCUAAGCAAGAGAAGCUGGCGGAGCAGGGAGUUAUUAAAGGGGAGCGCCGAGCGGCCGGGGAGGCUGAGGGAAGUUUGCGGAGCGGAGCGGUGCGGAGCGGGCGAGCGGUGAGCAGGGGAGACAUUGAAGACCCCGCCCCCCCCAGCACUAUACCCAGGCUACCAGGAGUAGCCCGUCUAGCCUGCCUGCUCACCGUGCCCCCCCCAAACCACGACAGCGCCACCUACAGUCACCUGUCCACAGAUAAGACCUGCAUCGGCGGCCAGGUCGCGCUCCUCCGUCCAUCCAGAAGAGAACCCGUCGGCCAUUCGAGGGACCUCUGCUGCCCAUCAGGCACACUGGCAGUUUAAAGAGACAUUUUUUUGGACAGGUUCUUAGAGGCCGCUGGGAUGGAGGAAUAGAUGACAGGCUCUCGGUUCCCUGCUCGCCGACGGGGUCCCUCUGCAGCCCGCUAAUGAGCGCCUGUCUGUGCUCGCAGCUCCAUCGUGUUUUCGAGAGGUGCUGCCGCACACGGUCGCAUCCCCCUGCCCCUCCCGCUGUUUAUUCGGGUUCCCCCCCGCCCCUCUGAAUAUCAGGCAGCCUGUCGCCUUGUCGGUUUGCAUCUGUAGCCGUGUGGCACAUGACAAGCCGCACUGGGAUUGGCUGGGUUAUUUAUCCGUCCGCUGGGCCUGUCCUGUCGUGUCCUGUUGGCGCUGUAAUUGAUGUGGCAUCAGUGAAAUAAAUAGACCUGUCAUCAGCCCCCCCCCCCCCAGGUCGUCUGGCUCUGAGGGAGUCAUUGGUCUCUGCCCAAAUCCAAACGUCCUCAUCAGAACCUCUCUCUCCCCCUGGCCUGCUUUGCCCAAGCUGCUCAGCUUCCCCAUUAUCCAGACGGUCUGCAAGUCCUGCCAGCGGCCUGCGUGGAGGAUGGACGAUGUCCCCACGCUGGACUACGAGCUGCUGUCUGUGGGGCCCUCGCACCCGGGGCCGCCCAGCAGCCCUCCACUGGCCGGUGACGCCGAGCAGAAGACAGCCUUGGCCUUCGUGGGUCUGCUGCUGCUCUUCUUGGUCUUCCUGCUGGUGCGCUGCUUCCGCAUCCUCCUAGACCCCUACAGCCGCAUGCCUGCCUCAUCCUGGACUGACCACAAGGAGGGGCUGGAGAGAGGUCAGUUUGACUAUGCGCUGGUUUAGCAGGGGAGGAGGGCGGACUGCGCAGAUGCCUGCCUUAACCCCAGCUGCAAACCUGACCUUCAGCCUAACUCUGACCCUCAUGCCAAGCCGCAAGCCAGAGACACUGCACCCUGGUGUGACACUGCACCCUGGCGUGACACUGCACCCUGGAGCAGAGCACUUCACCUCAGCGUCACCUUAGCUAUCGUGCAUCAAUGGAGUCACGAAAGCCAGCGUAUGCGUUCACUGUUCUGACAUUAAUCACCACAACUUUAAUGUUACAAACACUAUAGAUGUACCACUGGAGUUCCAGCUCAGUGUGGACCGCCAGUCAAAAUAUAUGUUGAUCUUUACAGCGACAUACUUUGGCUUUCAGGAGGAAGCUUAGUAGGUGUUUCGGGAGUGAGAUGCAAGGUGCAUCAUAUCACGUUGUACACAACAAAGACUCAUUAAAGUAUAAUCACCUGGAUUACAUAGAUGGCUUCACUGCAUGAUAAAAUUCUGUGCAUCACAACAUUCACUGCUCAUGAAGAAGACAAGCUAAAUAUUUUUCUGAACAUCUUUAGAAUGUAAGUCCGUAAGGAAUAUUGCCAUCAUACAUACUGCUCUAACAUCUGACUUUCCUUUCAAAUGUCUUCAUGGAUUUUCGAUAACAAUGCUGUUUAAAGAAGCUACAUUCCCUUUAAGAAACCUUGCAUCCCUUUAAGAUAUUUUCUACAGCGACAGCAAUGUUAAAAAUUUAGAGAUUUUUGGCUUCAAAUGGAAUAAUUAUCUGACUGAAAAGCCAUAUAAACUAUCUUUUAUUCUGUUUAUUGUACAGUUCCCCCGCUGCUAAUCUACCUGCCCAAGCAUAGUGACAAUGUUGUGAUACAGUGGGAACUUUUAGAGACCUCAGAUAUGCUUUAUUUUUGUAUCCGGACUCACCUUUGGAGUCCCUUUUUGCUAAUGUGAGUGUUUUUUCUGAUUUGUAGUUCCUGAUGUUAUUGGAUUUUCAAGACACCGAAGCUUUAGAUAAAGUUACAGGGUUGAUGCAUGAAUAACAGUACAUUUUAAGGUUUGGAUAUUUUGGAUGUAGUCUAGAGCAGUGCUUCCCAAUCUGGUCGUUGGGAAUCCACAGUCCCUCCACCUUCCCAGCUCCCUACCAGACAGUCCACAUUUUUCAUCCCUCCCUUAACCUGGUACAGUAGGAGAAAAAUAUGGACUGUCAGUGAGUUCCGGAGGGUCGGAUUGGGAAACACAGCUCUAGUGGGCUUUCCUGCUGUUCGUGUCCGAUGUGGUGGGUAAUGCUGUUAAAUA